UAGUAAUUUAUGGUGAUUUACUUCUCAUACUGAAAUAAAGCCUAUUAAAGUUUAAAAUGUUAUUUUUAGUGAAUAUAUGCAAGUGUUUUUGGUAAGGUAUUUCAAGGUAAAAUGUGGUAUGAGUGAGCAGAAUCCUGUAAGGGAAUUAUGGCCGAACAUGGGAUAACAGAAGGAAGACCAGCCAAAAAUGGUAAAAGCUAUAACUGAUUCAAACUAAGCAAAAGGUGGCAGAGAGAAAUGCAUUGAUUGAGAAAAACAUAGGUCCUCCUUUGUAGGAGACCAUUGAGGAAUAACAGCAAAACCUCCUUUCGUAUUAUGGACUUUUUAGCAUGCAACACGUUUCUCUUUUUCUUUCUGUUGAGAACCCCUGUUUUCUUCCAAUCAGGUACAUUUCCUCCUUGAGAAACAAAACACUUCUCCCCACGACACUUCAAUCCCAUAAUCUAGGAACACAAAUUCCAUUAGUAAUUCAAGAUAGAAACACCAAUAAACAUAGUAGUAACCUGGUUUUGACUUUUCUGUAGGUUAAUUGAUCAUUUCGCAUUCAUCUACAUGCUUCUAACUAACAUGCAUUCACAUUUUUUUACCAUAACUCGUUAAUCAUUCCUACCACUUGUUCUUUUCAGGGGUCCAACCGUUUGUAGGUGGUGUUUCCGGCAACGUGCUCUUCUGGAUACAAACCUUUGGCCGGAAACCAUAAUUAUGUGCUUCAUGUGAAUUCUGAGAUACAGUAACAAUGUCUUCCUCUCCUCACAACAGUUCUCCAGAUAAUGAAAUACCUGAUGAUUCCACCCCAGACAACAGCACCCCGGACAACAGCACCCCUGAUGACGCUGACAACUCAUCUUCAACACCAUCAAAUUCAUCACCGCCACCAUCUCCACCGCCACCUUCAUCGCCACCUCCAUCUCCUCCACAAUCAUCUUCAUCUCCACCUCCGCCAACCCCAUCAGAAAAGUCCUCUCCUUCCCCUCCAACAUCAACCAAUCCAAGCCCGCCAUCACCCAAUACUUCCCCACAGACACCUUCUCCACCCGCUUCAUCACACUCUCCUCCCUCUUUUAAAUCACCCACUCCUCCACACAAAUCAUUGCAACCUCCAACCGCUUCAAAAAAUAGUGGCAGUGGCAGUAGCGGUAGUGGUAAACAUGGAAACAGCGAUAGCAGUGAUCGUGGCAGACACGAUAACAGUAAAGCAAUAGUUGGAGCAGUGCUUGGGGUGGGGAGCGUGCUUCUUGUUUUGGUCAUCGUCUGCGUUAUCUGUUCCAGGAAGAAGAAAAAGAAGAGAAUGUACUAUUACGGAGAGCAAUCAUUCGGGAAAGGGAAUAACAACUAUUACAAUAGUGGGCAACACCAGGGUUAUUACGGAGGUCCACACGGGGACCAUGUUGUGAGGGUGCAAAACGGAAUGGUUCCCGGUGGUGGUGGUGGGGGUGGGGGUGGAGGUGGUGGUGGAGGUGGGUGGGGUGCACCACCUCCUCCUAUGAUGCAUAGCGCUGAUAUGAGCUCCAACUACUCGACGGGACCACCCCCUUUGCCUCCUCCCUCACCAACCCUUGCUCUAGGCCUCAAAGGUGGCACCUUUACUUAUGAGGAACUAUCUGCUGCCACCAAUGGAUUCGCUGAUUCAAAACUGAUAGGACAGGGUGGCUUCGGUUAUGUCCACAUGGGUGUGUUGCCUAACGGAAAGGAAGUGGCAGUUAAGAGUCUAAAAGCAGGAAGUGGACAGGGAGAACGAGAGUUCCAAGCUGAGAUUGACAUCAUCAGUCGUGUCCAUCAUCGCCAUCUUGUGUCACUCGUUGGAUACUCUAUUUCUGGCGGCCAGAGAAUGUUGGUCUAUGAAUUUAUUCCCAAUAAAACCUUGGAAUAUCACCUUCAUGGAAAGGGAAGGCCUACAAUGGAUUGGCCUACCAGAAUGCGAAUUGCGAUAGGAUCAGCCAAAGGACUGGCUUAUCUUCAUGAAGAUUGUCAUCCUCGUAUAAUCCAUCGUGAUAUUAAAGCUGCGAAUGUCCUCAUUGAUGAUAGCUUCGAGGCAAAGGUUGCUGAUUUUGGAUUGGCUAAGUUGACCACCGAUAAUAAUACUCAUGUAUCGACUCGAGUCAUGGGAACUUUCGGGUACCUAGCCCCAGAAUAUGCAUCAAGUGGAAAAUUGACUGAGAAGUCUGACGUUUUCUCAUUUGGGGUCAUGCUAUUGGAGCUCAUAACUGGGAGGCGACCUGUGGAUCACACAAGUGCCAUGGACGACAGCUUAGUAGAUUGGGCUCGACCACUACUGAAUCGUGGAUUGGAAGAGGAUGGCAACUUUGGAGAGUUGGUUGAUCCAUUCUUGGAGGGAAACUACAAUCCUCAAGAAAUGGCUAGGAUGGCAGCUUGUGCUGCUGCUAGCAUUCGGCAUUCUUCCAAGAAACGUGCAAAAAUGAGCCAGAUUGUAAGAAUAUUGGAAGGAGAUGUGUCGCUGGAUGAUUUGAAAGAUGGGAUGAAGACAGGGCAGAGUACUGUUUUCAAUUCUUCAUCUGGGUCAGAUCAGUAUGAUACAAUGCAGUACAAUGCAGACAUGGAAAAGUUUAGAAAGGCAGUGUUUUCUAGCCAGGAAUUUGGCACGAGCAGUGGUGGCUCUAGUAGUGAAGUGAGCCAGAAACAGAGGCUUUAGAUUGCGGAACUGAUGAGAUUACUUACCAAUUGUAGCAGAAACGAAGUGACCAGUUACUGCAUUUUAUUGUUUGAUUGGCAUGCGUGCAUGGGAAGUGAGGUCUCAAUUUGUAGACAACUAAACUGAGCUUGGUGCCUUCAACCGUUUCAGGGUGCGUUUGAUGAGGCCUAAGGUCAAUGUAAUGUUAUGUGGCUUGCAUCUUUUGUUCAAUGUUUUAUGUCCUUUGAUGUAAGAGCACAUGUAUGGAAUGGAGUCUUGAACAUAAAUAUAACCCUUAUCAUUGAUGCAAUGUUUAUUGUAUUUGUUUCACCCAGGUUGUGGUGAUUGUAGGCCUUUCAAGUACUUAAUUCUUUUAUUUUAUUUUUCUUCUGUUUCUUUCAGGAAGGUAGUAGGCCUUAAAAAUAUAUUAUAUUG